UCGUGCAAAUCGUUUGAGUUACGGAAAAGGAAUCUUGUUCCGUACGUGCUGUGGGCAGCUGAGCGCGCGGCGUCAAACCCCUAACGUCCUCGGCUCCGACAGCAUUAGCACGUGCCGGCCGCGAUCACCCGUCGUCGCCCGCCAUGGACGCGUCAACGUCGUCCACCGCCAUGCUGCUGGAGGCGUCAACGUCGUCCACGGCCAUGCUGCUGGAGGCGUCAACGUCGUCGCAGCAGCAGCCCGGCGAGGCGCCGCUGUACCCGUACCUGGACGUCCCCGGCGUCCGGUUCGUCCCCACCGACCAGGAGCUCAUCCUCUGCUACCUCCGGAGCAAGCUGCGCGGCGAUCCGCCCCCGACCUCGCUCGUGCGCGACGACGACGUGUACGCGGAGCACCCCGAGUAUCUUACGACGAGGCUGGGCCCGAGCGUGGAGGACUACUGGUACGUGUUCACGCAGAGGAGCCGCAAGUACGCCAAGGGGGGGCGGCCGAGCCGGAGCACGGGCGACACGGGCCGCUGGAAGUCGGUGGGCAAGAACACGCCUGUCACCUACGGGAAGGAGAAGGCGACGAUCGGGUUCAGGAACUCGCUGGCGUACGAGGUGUUCGUCCGCGACGAUGGCGGCGACUCCAAGAAGAAGCGGAUAGAGAAGACGGAGUGGAAGAUGACCGAGUUCGUGGACGUCGACUCCAACAGGCCCGUCUCGUCCGGCUCCAACUUCAUGCUGCUCAACGACUGGGUGCUGUGCAGGAUAACGCGCAAGCCGGAGAAGAAGAAGGGGGAGGAGGAGGAUCCCGGCGCUUCUCCGGCGGACGAGGUGGUGGAGGAGGAGGAGCACGAGCCGUCAUCGAUGAUGCUCGCCGACGAGCCGCUGACGGACACCAGCCCCGACACGUCGCAGCAAGCGCAGGUGACGGCGCCUGCCGGCCUCUUAGGCAACGGCGCCAACUGGUCGGACAGCACCGCCGACAGCCAGGCCGGACGAUCCGGCUCCGGCUCCGACCCCCAAAAGACUGCCGACGACGACCCGUUCGAGUCUCUUGAUCUGGGGCCCUUGCCGAGUGGGAACAGUCGUGACCAUGUCUUCACGAUUGAUCCAUGGGCCUGGAACCUGUAUUAUCCAGAGGGCACCGAUAUUGAUUCGUCCGGCAGCCGGCUCCGAACGCCCAGCGACCCUGAUCCGAUGGAGAUCCCGUCGGAACCACCUGCUUAUCAUCCUCAGCCUCGGCACGUCGUCACUGAUCUUCCCUCCUCCUCCUCCGGCGGUCUUGAUGAACUCACCAAGGUGAUUCGCAAGAGAAAAGAACACGCCAGGGCGAGCGGCGACGACGCCGGGAAGAAGGGCAACGCGGCAGUGAAGAAGAGCUCCGGGCGUGCAAAGCCAGACGGCCAAAACUAAUUCUGUGCAAUGCAUACAUUUGCAGAUAAACCCUCUCCUGUUCGACGAAUUGCCGGAGCUCCUGGCGUUUCGGGUUUUCCGUGGGACAAUUUUUUUUUUUUGACAAUAGGUGCUUAUUCGCUGCUAGUGGAGCAGUUCAUAUUUAAGAGUUCAUGACAUGGAUACAAUGGUGGUCUGUUUAGGUAAUUAGGUGUGCUUGUGCUGGAUUUUAAUUAGCAAGGCAUCUUUGAACUGUAGGAUUCUCAUAGCAAUUUUGCAAGGUUCAGUAUGCCUUUUGUGAUGUUUUUUUUAAUUAUCACCACAAGGGGCCGUUUGAGUCAUAUACUUCGAGAUUGAGUUUGACAAAUUCCUCUAUCUCCAGAA